AUGAGGAGCCUUUUCUUUGUUUUGGCUAUUUGCCUCUUACUCGUCCAAAUGCUUACAGUAAGAAGUGGCAUUGAUGACAAGAUUUGUGGCUAUGGUACUGCCCUUUGUCGGAGGAAUUGUCAAACAUUUGAAUUAAAAAUUGGGAAAUGCCCCAAUUCUCUUCCAUGCUGCUUGAAGUCAUUUAAAAUCCACAACUUGAAUCCUUCUAAAGUUAAAAACUAA